GUACGAAAGAAAAAUGGCGGCCGAUUUCAAGUGAGUGAAUUGUUUUUUCACAACACGUGUUCUUGGUCAGUGCUGUUUUAUUUCUCGUCAGUUAUCUCUCUUUAUUGUGUCCUUCUACAGAACUGCACAGCCUUUGGAAUAUUACAGGCAGUUUUUGGUAAGAUCAAGUUGUAAAUUACAACUAAUUUAAAGUGACUUCGGGACUUCGGAAAGUACAAUUUUGUCAAACUUCAAUGUUCUGAUCUUUCAGAAACAGGAUGUUCGACCAGAUGGCCGUGCACUUUUGGAGUUCAGAAAAACGAUCCUAAAUGUUGGUAAGACGUACAGCAAUCAACGUUCCGUCUUUGAGCUAGGGAGGGUGAGAUAAGCUUACAUUUUGCUCGAAAAUUUGAGCAUCGUGCUUUUGAGCGCCAGCCUCAAAACAUCAGCAUUAUGCCUAAAAUUAUGUUCGAAAAGUACGUAGCAUUAUGCUCGACUGAUAUAUAUUUGAUGCCCUUUCUAUGCCUGCCGGAAAAAAACCCUCCAUAAACCAGAAACACAACGUUUCAUUGCAUCAACUGCAAAUUUACAAGAAAUAAACGACAAAUAAAUUAUGCUCAAAAACACUCAAAAUGUCUUAUUUCAAUGGAACUCUCUAUCGUUAGGAUGCACUCUCUGAUCAGUUUGCAGCCUGGGAAAAUGAUGCUAUGGGGCAACUAGGCCCUGAAAUUAGCAAUCAAGCCUUUGAAUAAGUUAAUUUCUAACUAAAAGCACUUGAAAUUUAAAUGUCUUAUUACUUUUGUGGCGAAAUAUUGAUUUUCUCUUUAUCAUUCAUCGCUUUAUGCUUAACAACAUGCCUGUUAUGCUGGCAUUAUGUUCAGUGCUCCAACUUUGGCAAAAUUUGCCGGUAUACUGUAUCUAACCCUAGAGCUGGGGGUGCUUCAUAUAGCAUUGACUCACAUGAGGCAUUUCCAUCUGGGAUGUAUCUUAAAAAAAACGUAUAUUCAAUGAGAGAGCAUACGAAAGGAGUUGUUACUGCAUGUAAGGGCGGCCAUGAUUACCAGCCUCUGGCAGUUUCCUAUACUAUAAGGUUGCCCCUUUCUCUCCACCCCUCAAAUAUGCGCUUAUCGUCAGACCAGGGCCUCUUGUUUGUCCAGAUUCUUUAACAUGGCAAGUUCCUUGGAUUUAUGUAAUCUAUGGGACAAACUAUCUUUCUUUUCACCUUUUAUUUAUUGUAAAGCUUGUGCUUUUUUCGUAUAAAUCUCAUCCUUUUCUUAUAAUAUGUGUUUUUCACAGGUUCAAUAUCGACAGCAGAGGGAUCAGCUUUGGUGAAGCUUGGAAAUACAACAGUUGUUUGUGGAGUAAAGGCAGUUAGUCAUCAACAUAGUGAUUUAUAAAACUUGUGUACUAAGGUUAAUCAGUUUUGUUCGGGUAGGAAUCAGGUCUGAUCUGCUGACAUGGUGCUGAAGUGAGUUUCACAGUCAUGUGCAGAACUCACAAAUCUGUCUUUUGUUGGGACAGUCAUCAAUAUUGCGACGUCUAUGUGGUGCAUGUACAUGUAUUGAGGAAGUUACAGUCACUUCUGAAUAGACAUGCAUGGUAUUGGCCAUGCAGAAGAAGACAGCAAUGUUCAACCACAAUAUAAAAUGUGGUCUGACUCUGCAUGAUUGUCAAAAUUGUGGUGGUACAGAUUUGCAGUCCUAUCAAAAUGUUGUACUCCUCAUUGUACUUAAAUCUCUUAAAACAAUGAAACUUGGUUAAUUAUACCAUUUUGAUGUCAUUGCCAGGAAUUUGCUGUGCCAAGUCAGGAGAACCCUAAACUUGGAUUUAUAGGUCAGUUAAAGUUAAGGUAAUAAAUUAUGAUAGUCAACUAACUAAUUUAAAAUGAAUGGUAUCUAAUUUAUUAUAAUUGAAUUGAAUAUAGUUACUGUACUAAUCAUUAUUUUUGAAUUUGGUUAAAUUGAUCACACAGGACAUUGAAAAGGUGUGCAAACUGUAAAGUAGAAUUUUUUUAUUGUUAGUUAUUAUUGCCGAGGACAAGAGGAGCCUGCAAUCUUGGUCCAGGUUGUUAUUACGCAUGCAUUGCAUGUAUGUAGUCAGCAUUCGUUUGGACUUCCACUAAGAAAGAAUGGAAUGCACAAAACCAACUUUGAUCAGGAGUGUUUCAAACUUCUGUCCCUCAUAAUCUGAUCACACGUGUUUCGACCAUCUAUCAAGUGAAAUGUAUGCAAAGCACAGCAUUGUUGCCCGCACUCCUUAACCUUUGGUUAUUACUAGUUAGUAACUUGAACCCUUCCCUUGCUGUCCCCACUUCUUUCCACCCCUCCCCCACUCCCACACACAUUUAUUUUUUUUGCUUGGUUCUGUCCUUGGUGAGUUGAAUUUUGGUUUCUGCUUAGCAUAUAAAUAAAAAUAUAUUAUACACCUGUUAAACUUACCCAGGCGGGGUGGGGGGGGAAGGUGCUUCCUAUAUCAGCCUAUAUGGCCACCCAAGAGGGGUAAAUUUUUUAGGUUUAGGAUAUGAAAAGGUGGGGAUUGCACUUUUUUAAGUAUAUGAAAGGGUAGGAAUCUGUCAUUUUGGUCAAUAAAAAGCCCAAAAUUGGCUUACAGAUGCAUUUUAUGGCUGUAAAAAAUUCUGGUUUGUAAUUUAACUGCGGUUAAGGGGACGCAAAGUUCUAAACUAGGAAUAUGAUUAGGGGCCCCAUUUGUCAAUAGAAGGUAUACGAAAGGGGUACCUUUUAACUCAAAAACUGUAUAUGAAAGGGUAAGGGGUUGGACCUCAGAGCAGAGCCUCCCCAUAUAACUCUUUGUUGAGUUCCCUUCCCCCUCCUCCCUCCCCUGGUAACUACUAUGUAUACUGAUGCAUUUUUUUAAAAUCAGUUCCCAAUGUAGAUCUGCCUCCUCUCUGUUCAUCACGAUUUCGUCCUGGACCUCCAAGUGAACAGGCACAAGUUCUCAGCCAGUUUGUUGCAGAUAUUAUUUCAAAGUAAGAAAAGUAGAAAUCUGUCUCCAUGAUCUAACAUUGUUCCAAACAUAUCGUGUCUUUAUUCGCCUUGCUAAUAGGCAAUUGAUUUUAAAUGCAGUUACAGGCAGAACAAAGGCAAAUUUGCCAGGGUAUUAUAAAUUCAUUUAAAACUUUCUUCCUAGAAUUUGGUGAGGUAGUCUUGAUGACAAGCUGCUAUAAGAGCCUGCAACAAAGGUUUUGGAAGAUUUUUGCAGUCUUUCUAAUUGCUACACUGCAGAGUGUUGACAGACAUGUGUAUGAAUUAUCUCUUGCAUAGCUGCUGUGUACAGUUCUCUGUUAAUCAAUUUGCUUUGCAUACUUUUCUUUUGGAUCACCAGCUGUGAGCCAAUCAGUCUUGAGGAUUUGUGUAUUGUACAAGGCAAGGUAAGGUCUUUGUAUAUUUUGGUAUUAUUGAGAUUAAGGAAAAUACAUUGUAACUGAAGCAAACUUUUACAUUUUAUGGUGCAGAUUAUCUAUAUUUACACACAGGAUUGUGUUCUUUAAAUUUGGUUGAAUUUUAUACUUAUGUAGCCUGCAAACAGCAGACGCAUUUCCGAUCGUCGCUUCUCUCUCUCCAAAAAAUUCCAGAGCGAGAGAAGCGAUGACCGGAAAUGCGUCUGCUGUUCGCAGGCCAAUACUUAUGAGGAAAAUCUUUUGUUCUACAGUGCUCAUUUCCAUUAGGAUUGCCAAGUAAAAUUUGACUUUUGAACCAGGCCUAGGUCUACCUGUAGACAAACUUGUCAAAAUGUACCAGGAAACGGCAUGGCCAAGUGAACACUUUGUCAUUUCUACUGAGCAAUUUUUUUACUCUGCAUUCAUGUACUUCAUACAUUCAGGUUCAUAAUAAAUUAUAUACGAAGUCCACGGCUUAACUGUACAUGAGCAUUUUCAACAUUAAACGAGUCUUUAUUCCUGAGAUGUUGAUAACAUUUGUUUGCUUCUAUUUCUAGUUAUGUUGGGUCCUGUAUGUGGACAUAAUGUGCUUAAGUUAUGAUGGUAACAUCACAGAUGCAUGUCUAAUAGCAGCAGUUGCUGCUCUUCAAAACAGUGAGUAGCAAUAAUUAACUGUCCUUGUGGAUUGCUAUUUAUUUUAUUAUGUGUUGUUUUUAAAAUGAGCAGGAGUGUAUAAUUUAUCAGGUUUAAAAACCGUCGGCUUUGCCUCGAGUUAUAAAUACACAACUGCGAGUUUUUUGAACAGCUUCAAGAGGUUAAAGCUCUGAUAUAGAUCAACUCAUUCCUUUACUAACAUUUAGAUUUUGGGUUAUUUUGGUCUAAAAAAUUGUAUGUAAAGUUUAGUUGUGUCUUCAUAAGAUAUAGAGACACUCAUUAAACAGGGGCACCCAACGACAAUUUUCGGGAAAAUAUCUGUUCAGAAGACGAUUUGAGAUCUAGAAUUUUCGGAACAUUUGUUGUAAAAUUUCUUGCUUGCCUGCCUCUACUAGGAUUUUCGGACAUCUAAAAAAUGGUAUAAUUGCCUAUUUUUAACAGAUUUUUACCCAAAAAGGUCACCUAGAAUUUUCGGGAGUCUUUUUUCUGGCUAAAAUUUUCGAAAAGGUAAGUUUUGAUCCCUAUAAUUUUCGGAUCACUUGACUUUCAGCUAGGAAAUCCGAACAGAUGAAAAAUUUUGGGGGGAUAAAAAUAUGCCUAUAUCUACCGUUUAAAUACUAAAAUACGUUAAACAAUUCUAUGUUUAAGUGGUUUUGAACUAUAUUCUCGUUGGGUGCCCCUGAUUAAACAAUUAAAAUUUCUUUUGUUUUGUCUUUAAUACUAUUAAUAUAUUUUUUGAAUAUUAUAUUGUUAUAUACGACACAAAAAUAUUGUUCAGCAUCUGUUAACCUUAUUGAAGUUUUGAGUGAAUACAGGAAACAAACUCAGCCCUUUUGGAUUGACUUUCAUCGUUUAACACGUUGCAAAAUGUUGGAUGGAAUGCAGCCAAUUCUUCUCGAUAGUGUUCAUCAUGCUAAUUGGCCUAUUUCUUACAAAUCGUCUUUCUCCUGUUUUCAAGCACGACUUCAUUCCGUAAAGAUAGAUGAAGAAACGCAAACUCCAGAACCAUCAGAGAAAAGGGAAGUUUCACUGAACCUGAGACAACAUCCAGUUGCAUCUACUUUCGGGAUAUUCGAUGAGUGAGUCAUUCCAUACGUACAUGUGGGUAGCUAGAUUUUGUUCUUUAAUGAUGACCCACUAUCUUCAAAUAAGCCAUACCUUCUAAGUACACCCGCCUAACAUCUAAAAGCUUAUUGCUUAUCUUUAAAGGAGCACCCAUUUAUUUAUUUACCAGCUUAAAUAAAGCUUUAAAGGAGCCCCCAUAUCCCCUAAGAAAGUUCGAAUUACCAAUAAACCAAUCAGAUAGCGUAAAACCGAGUCUUGCGAUUCGAGUCAGUUUUUAACAUUCACUUUUGGAAUCUCACAGCUUACGCCACCAACAGUGUAGUUUUCUCUAGAUCGUCAAUCGCUUAUCGAACUAAAACUUCCUUAUUCAACUAACAAAGUAGUAAGUUAGCAUAAAAGUACUAUAGCAGAUGUUUGUCUUUUGAACCAUGUCACUGUGGAGGUCGAGCUGUUUGAAGGGGUAUUAAGGCCGCAGUACCUCCACUUGCGUUUUCAGUUAUUUUAAGACCCUCAAUAUUAGUUCGGCUCUAGGAAAUCGAACCUACGCCUUCUUUGAUCCCGUUCUGCAACCUAACGCUACGUAGCUCUGUUUCCUCUUCUCCACUCUGCGCAUGCUCUAUGGUCUCUUUAAUUUCAUAACGGUGCUCGGGGAUUCCGAUUAGCCACUAUAAAAAAAGCUGACAUACCGGUAAGUGGAUCUUAUUUAUUUGUAGCUCUGUACUAUUUGCUGAUCCAACUGAUGAAGAAGAAAAUCUAGUCUCCGGAAUCGUCACUAUAGUUGUGACAGAUGAUGAUAAAAUUGCAGCUGUUCAUAAGCCAGGUAAUUUUUGGCUUUAAAAUAGAAUAAAAUUAUGAAGAAAAGAACCACUCAUCUUAGUGUAAGAACACAAGAAGGUCAACACGAUAGAACCUAGCAAGUAGCUAUAAAAUCAAAGAUAAACUUGGAGGCUGUUACACCGAGAUAAUUCCAAUACAAGCACAACAAUACAUCUGUUUUCUAAGACGGUAUAUGUUUUGACUUUAUGAAAGUCUAAAAGAAGAGGUUAGUUUCUAUGGAAACUGUGGUGUUGAGUCGAUGGAAGUUAAAAACAAGAAUUUGGUUUUAUCAGUUGAGUUUAUGUAAUAAGCAGCCUCGUACCCAGGCCAGUUCGCGCUAUCCGAGUUACCGGAGGAGGCUUGGAACCGAGUGCGAGUGCGAGUGCGAUUGUCCUCGGCGAACUUUCCCGACAAGCUUGACAGGUGACGUCACAUCCGAAAUCGCAGAGGACGACUGGGAACGAGGCUGUGUAAUAAGGUCAAUUUCCUGACCACCGUAUUAAGGAGAUUCCAAAGUUCAUGGAAGUUAUCAUAGCGAAUUCACUUCUACAAAGGGCUAGUCCUCGAAAAGUUUGCUUUUUAAUCCGCUUACGAUAUGUUCAUUGUGGAGAGGGAUAAUUUUUCUUUAUCUUCUAUACAUCCGGGACUCCGCUUUCCCAGCGCUUGAAGUCCAGAGUCUUGAGACUUGGAAGUGUUAAUGUUGAAGUCUUGUUCGCGAGUGUGGCAGUGAUCUACAGUUGUGCCCUAGUUUAUGUUCUCAGUGGCCCGUUAGAAAUAGCAACCCUGUUCGUAAAUUAAUGCCAUUUUCUUCGCGCAAAACAUGUUAUCCGAUAACCAAGGUUCUCCUGAAUUCUUUUGCUGAAUAACUGAUUUUAAAUAUAUAUAAUAUGUUUAUUUCCUUUAUACCCAUCCUUCUUUUGUUCUCAAUUCACUCCAUUUACCGCAUAAUUCAAUCAGUGUCGUGUCAACCUUUUUUUGUGCGAAGGCGGUGUGAACAGUAUUUGAUAAACUCUACCGGAGGAAGCUGAGGUCGUGAAAUUUUCUUGUUGGUUAGUUACUGCUCUCGUUUUUUCUUCUUAAAGGUGGAUCUCCUUUGACAGAUGACAAGUUACAGGAAUGUUUUAAAAAGUCUGUAAGAAGAGGUAAAGAAGUCAGAGAUCUGAUCCAGACAGCUUGUGAUGACAUUGAUAGAUAA